GGGGGCCAAUCGGGAGGUGGAAAGGAAGGUGGAGUGACUGCGGCCGGUACUGUGGGGUAAUACCGGAGCAGGGCAAGGUGCUACCAAUGGAGACCGGUGGUAACCAAGGGAGUGGCCAAGCAAGUGGCCUCCAAAACGACCAUCCUACUGCGCACUCGCAGGAUGGCCAGAAAGGUCCGGCUGCUAAUGCGUUUCCAGGACCUGGCAACAGAGCUUACUUCACAAAGGAGUAUAUGGAUAUUCUAGAAAGCAUCAAGAUUAACAAGGCUAUCGAAGAAGCUCGAAAGAAGAUCAAUGGGAACCGCCGAGGCGGUAUCUGCAUAACGGAGAACAGGGAGCAGCCAGAACCACCAGUACCAAGAAGUGCUGACAAGAAUGAAGAACUCAAGGCCUGGGUUACAACUACCCUCGGAGAUUCACUGAAGCAGCUCACCGAAAAGUUGGAGAAUGUAGACCAAAAGGCGAAGCUCCCCGCCGGAGAGAAAGCCGAACUGGAGAGACUGAGAGCGGAGAAGCAUGAAGACAAGGCAGACCAGGACCCAUCUGGCAGUGAAAAACGCAAGAGGGCGAGAAAUCGAACACCAGCGAAAGCAUCUCCGAAACCUUUGCGCGCGAAGGAGCGCUCGCGUACCAAUGUGAAAGCAGCUACCCGAUCCAAGAAAAGGAUCAAAGUAUCGUCGGAUGAGGAGAGUGACGAGUUGGGGAAGCUUAAGCAGAACUUGGAGAAGAAAAUGGAAAGUAGCACGGAAUUGGCGGAGAUAAAAGGGAUGCUCAUGAUGUUGAUGGGGGAGAGGGAAAAGGAAAAAGGAAAGUGCAAAGUAGAAGGAAAGGACCAGGGUUGCGAAACGAAGGUCGAGCAUAGCGAGGUUACGAAGGACAAUGGUUUUCGAGCGCAUGUCACCAGCGAGGAAGAAGACGAAGGCGGCCUUGCGAUGUAUAUGAAGCUCCGAUUAGACUUUUAUAGCUUCCUGCACUAUACGCACGUCCAGGAUCUGUGCAAAGAGAAGGACAUCACAUACUACCGCCGUCUACCGGAAGGAAAUCGGCGCGUGGGAACUGGCAAAGAUCGACCUCCAGGAGUGCGUGGAUAGCCUGGAGCAAGCCAAGCCUACCCAAGCAGCCGAGUGUUCCAGAGCGAGAGAAGCAGACGCAACUUCCCGAAACUCCGAUAAUCCAGACGCAACU